AACUUACGGCAGAGUCAAUUCUUGAACACUCAACCGGGAGCAUCAGACAGUAACCACACGUAUACAUGUAUAGUGUAAUGCGCCCUGCUUUGACGCAAUCACAUUUGCCACCCACAAGAAACUCGGAAAGUUGUGGUUCGGUGGAACACUGCAUGAUCUCCUCAGCAGGGAUGUAAUAAGGCGCCAGUUGACUGAGCAGAUUGACAUGAAGCGCCCCCUCCCCCUGAUGACGCCAUCUUCAGAUUGACGUGUUGACUUGAAGAUUCCACUUUGUGCUAGACGAAUUUAUAGUGGUAUUUAUUCCAUUAUAUUCCUUCUUUCACAUGUGGUCCAUCUUAUGUAAGGCUAUCUGAUGUAAGCCUACACUCAGGUAUUCGGCCACACUUACGCCUUUGUCACACGGUGCCGUCUGGCAUGCCGAUGGUGUCACGACCAUAGAGAUUGGCAAAACUGGACGAGGACUGGACGGCAACUGCUCUGAACGGGGAGCUCGUGCUGGGGACUUGUGGGGACUGCAUAAUAGGUCGUGAUAGACACUGGAAGGUCCUGCCAGAAUGGUUAAGUGCCCAACUGUUUUCAACAUGUUCAAAACAAAAAGGGGACACUCUCCCGUCCAAUUCACAACGGGGUAAGGACGCUGCAAUUCGGUCGGGCGUGGAUCGAACGGCCUGGACGUGGGACAGCCACGAAAGCAGUCCAGAGCAACGUUGUGAGUACUGCAUGCGCGGAGCUGCAUUAGGACUGUCUUUUAAUCACGAGUCUUCUUAGUCUAAGCCGUGCUUACAAAGGGCCUACCCAGAACUCCGCCCGUUGCGAGCACGGGAUAAGAGCGUGAUAGACUUGACGCCACCGGCUAAUUGGACGGGACGAAGACGAAGACGGGUGCGGACGGUUCGUGAACCACUUUUGUCUCGAAUAGAACUGCCUGAGAACGGCUUGGACGAGACGAGGACCGUACAAGGACGGGACACGUACGGAUUUAUGGUCUGAGAUCUAAGAAAAACGACUCCAAGAGUCGGGACACCAGACAAGAUGGCGGACUCUCAAAGCCACAGGACGGUAGGCCGCACCCGCAAAUUAGCACCCUCACAGAGACGGCACUCCUGUGAGAUUUGCGGCAAGUCUGUGAAGAAUAGAGCCAGCCUAGUAAUCCAUCUGCGCACUCACACCAAGGAGAGGCCGUUCGCCUGCGACGUCUGCGGGAAAGCCUUCAUGGAGAAGGGCCACGUCCGGCGCCACAAGCGGAUCCACACCAACUACAAGCCGUACGUCUGCGACAUCUGCGGAAAGUCGUUCAACCAGAACACGAAUCUUCGUCAACACCUACUGACCCACACUGACGAUAAGCAAUUCCGGUGCGACUACUGCGGACAAUCUUUCACGUUCAAGGCCAACCUCCAGGUGCAUCUGAGAACACACACCAACGAGAAACCGUACACCUGUGACGUGUGUGGCAAGUCGGUUGCGGUCAAGAGCGAUCUUGACAAACAUCUACGAACCCACACGAAAGAAAGGCCGUACCGUUGCGACAUUUGCGGCAGAUGUUUCGGACGGCUGUUCACCCUUACCCAACACGAGCGGCGGAUUCACGCGGAGAUGUAGCUCCUGACACCAACCAUGUCGGUGUAGCGUGAAUAUCCGACUCCGUGAAAAGUGCACUCAUUGGUAGUGUUGCGCAUGCGUAAGAACGAGAAUAUGCUAUUUUUAGGAUCACAUACAGGAUAGUGACCUGUCAUGUGCGAUGGAUUAACCAAUAUUAUAGGGAAAAGGGUCCGAUUUUCAUAGGAGUCGGAUUUUCAUAUGACACCGGCAAUACAUGUAGAGCCUGAAAGUGCGCCAUUUUGUCUUGAAGCGUCCGGACCGCGAAAUAUUUUCCCAAAGGAGAUCGGACAAUAUAAGAAGAGGGCGCUCUCUCUCUGCGUUAUGAUGCAUAUUCAGGGAUACAAGUAUAACAGGAAUAAUGGUAUUUACUGGUUGUAAGUAUAGUCCCGACUUCUAAUCAGGCGAUCAUAGUAUGAAUCAUAGUUUUAAAGGUCCAUGAUUAUAAUUUUAAUCAUCACAGAACAGAAAAAAGUUUUCAUUCAUUCAAGUGAUUAUAAGACUUUUAAAACAACUAUUUGUAUUUUUAAAUUUACAACAUUUCCCUUGUAAUAUUUAUUUGUCAUGUACAUUCUUCAUGGUAUUUGAAGUACAAUGUAUACAGAUUAUUUUAGAGACAUUUUACAUCAACUUUUAAUCUGUAUAAGUAGGUUGCACUUGUUUAAAAUUGUAAACAUUUGUACAUGUGUAUUUAGUUCACUUGUUAUCAUUACUUUUACUGUUUUAGCCUGAUAAGAAGCUGUCCAAUUUUGUUAAAAAAAUACUUGAAACAUGUUCUUAACUCUCCAUAGACUUGUGCACAACCGAUGAAGUGGUGUCUGGAUACUACAUUCUUUCCUAUUUUUUUUUUUUUUAUCAAACUGACGUCAGACGUUCGUAUACGUACGCUAAAUGAAGAAUCCAGGUUGAAGGUCAUUCUGGAUAAAACGCCGGCUUUUUUAACUAAAUGCUAUACCAACGGAAAUUAAUAAAGCAUUUUGCGUCACUUGCAACAUUUUU